UAAGCUGACCAUUGAACAGAAACAUGUGAUUUUGGGCGAACACGCUAUUUAGGCCGAACUUGAUGCCUAGUGAGCCGAGAUCAAUGCCGAGUUGGGCUUAAGCCCAAUCGAGAACAGGGUGUAAGAUGGAAUUAUGGGUGUGAGAAUAAAAGUUUUCUUCCAAAAAACUGAAGUGACCAUGGAAUGGAAUGGACUGAAAUGAUGAUCCCGCGCUUAUUCGAAGACGGAAUCUAAACUACCACUCUCUCUCUCUCUCUCUCUCUCUCUCUCUCUCUCUCUCUCUCUCUCUCUCAGAAUGGAACCGAUCAUUCUCUCCGACGAAGAUGACCCUACAACACCGUUCCCACUCCAUUCUAAGAAACGCCGAACCGAACAACCCGAUCCAAACCCUACCGUUUUCCUCAUCGACGACGACCCUACUCCACUGAAGCAACAACACGUUCCUUCAUCUACACCUUCUAUCAUUCCCGAAACUCCAUUCUCUUCGUUAUUCGAUUCCGAUAUUGCAAUCGUUAAAUGCACUAAAGCUUCUGAUUCUGCUCCUACAAAUUUAUCAGGAAUUAGUCAAAUGAUAUGUUUGGAAUCAGAUGAUGAGCCGGAGAUUUCUGGAAUUAGGAAUUGGAAUGAGAAUGAAGCAAGGGGAUUAUUGUCUUCGGCGUGGAUUUAUGAUUCAACUGGCUCUGGAAAUUCUCAUGAGAGACUAGUUUCGUGUGAAAAUGUUACUCGAGCUGAAUAUUCCGGGGACAGUCCUUCAAAGCCAACCUCCUCACAAGUGGAAGAGAAUCAUAAUGAGAAAAAUAUGAGCAUGGAGCAGGAAGAGAAUCCUGAUGAGAACAUUGACAACAUGAAAAGUUCAAAAGUCUCUGCAAAGAGUACAAACAAGGCAACUGGAAAGACAAAGAUGACAAAAGAAGAAAGAAGUCGUUUGAUGGAAGAAAAGAAACUACUGAAGGAACAAGAGAAACUAAAAAAAGCAGCUAUGAAGGCUGAAGCUGCAGAACUGAAAAAAAUUGAGAAAGAAAGGCAAAAGUGGGAAAAGGGGAAAUUUGCAAUGCAAUAUAUUGUGGCAGAAAUAGAUGCAAAGGUAGUUGAAUCAGGUUCAAUCGGAGGCCAUUUGCUUACUAGGUUUGCUGAAAAAGGUCUUACAUACCAUAUUACAUCAAAUCCGAUCUCAGGGUCAAUUGUAUGGUCUAUGAAAGUUCCAGAACAAAUUUCACAGCUUUCCACUGAACGAAUUGAGAUUCCAUAUGUCUUACUAGUUUAUGAGGCUGACAAAUUUUGUAACCUCGCCAUGAAUGAUUCCCUUUUUGAUCAACUCAAUGGCAUUCGAAGUCAUUAUCCAGCUUAUACUGUUUGUUACGUCACAAACAGAUUAUUUUCUUACAUUAAUAAAAGGGAGCAGGAAAAAUACAAGAACCCUGAAAUCAAUAGUUGUUGGAGACGUCCACCUGUUGAGGAGGUGCUUGCAAAACUAACAACAAAUUUCACCAAAAUACAUUCCAGGCAGUGUGUAGAUGAAGCUGAACUGGCUGAACAUGUUGUUGGUUUGACAUGCAGUUUGGCGUCUUGUCAGUUUAGAAAGAAAUUAACUCGGUUAUCCGUAAAUGCAAAUGGUUCUCUUGCUUCAAAGGACAGUGUUGACCGAAAUUUAAUAAAGAAAUCCAUAUGGUUAAAAGCUUUGGUUGCUAUCCCCAAGGUACAACCACGAUUCGCAAUUGCUAUUUGGAAAAAAUACCCAACCAUGAAGUCUCUGUUAAGUGUUUAUAUGGAUCCAACUAAAUCGGAGCAUGAGAAGGAAUUUUUACUUAAAGAUUUGAUGACAGAAGGUUUGCUUGGUGGUGACAGAAGGUUGGGUGAGGUUUGCUCAAAGCGGUGUAUAGAAUUCUAAUGGCUAAAAAGGGGUCCAUUAGAACAGAUGAUGUAGAGAACGGUGCUGAUUUCUUUGAGAGUUAGUCAAUCAUAUGGAGCUCUGUUAAUAUAUAUUUAAACCGUGUUUAAGAAAGUGUGUCAACGUGUGAGCUACCAUUUCUCAAUUGCAUCACAUUUUGAACAUAUAGAAAAGAAUCUCGAUGAUUAUGUAAAGAAGUACAAAGUAAUCGUAAUGGAUAUGGCAGGGGAUACCAUGGACUUUUGACUUUUAACCAACUUCCAUACUAUCAAUUGGCACAUGUAUUUGAGUGGCGGUCCUCUGCUUUCAAUCCCUUGAUUUCCCCCGCCAUUACUAUGGUAUUAGAACUAAAAUGUAGAAACUUUAGACCAUGUAAAUUAUGAAAAAGAGUCAAACUUCCUUGUCCAACUUACUACUUGCUCUAUAGAGACUUGACAGCUUCUCUGGAUCAAGCCGAAAAUCCAAUGUAGAGAAGGACCUACGAAACUGACCAAAAUCGUUGCCUUCUUUGGGGUUGAUCAUAUCAAGUAUAGAUGCUUGUAAGAGUGUGUAGUUCUUUAUAUUCUUAAGAGCGUUAGGAUGACCUUCAGUUUUGGGGGAUAUUUUCCUGCUAGAGAGAAAAACUGGGGAUAUAGAUGCAUUCAUGCUCCUUUCGCUAGUAAAUAUUGAUGAUGAUUUGCUGCUGCUUCCACUAUUCCCUGUCUCUGGUCCUAGCAUGUUUUGUCCUAUACUCUUCUCCUGCCAAAACCAAAGCAUACAUGUUAUUCUCUUGAUUAUAAAUUUGUAAUCAAUGGUGUUACAUUCAGAUUAAGCCUGUAUUGAUAGGUGGACCAGGGAAUUAGCUAGCUAAACAGUGCCAACACAUUGAUCGUUCGGUUAUACAUUCAUGCUGGUAUUAAUUUGACUGAUUAAGCUAGCUCUAGAUUUUCGAAUGCAUCUUAGAGUGAGGCGUUUGAUCUCAAUCCACCAACUGGUGCGUGUGUGCAGACUAUGUGAUGGAAAUAAUGCAAUUACUAUUUUUAAAGGAUUUUGGUGAAACGUGUAUAACUGACCUCUUUUGAUACUUCUGAAUCUGUCUUGAAUUGUUCAGCAGCUUGGUUCAUCCCUGACAGGUUUGAAUGGCUUGCACUUCUUUUAGAUAGUUGCCCUUUUUUCAAACCUUUGCGCCUAUAUCAUGAAAAGCAAUAAACAAUAAAUUUAGUUCAAUGCUGCAAUGUGGCUAUCAAGAACAUGUAAUUUAGCAAGUUCACAAUGGUUACAUAGAAAUAUCAUAUACACAAACCAUUAUGCAGGGAACAAGGUUUUUCAGUUCUAAAAUGAUUGCAUA